GACAUGUUGAAAAUGGCGGAGGGGAGACACCUACGCGACAUAAAGAGUCAAAUAUGAGUAAAACGUGAAUGACAAUUUCAAAACAGCUAAUUGGAUUUCGUAAUAACUUAAUUUUUGAAGGCGAUACGGAGUAAUGUAUAGCUGAAAACAGCGACAUUAUUUUAAAACUGGCUUUGAAUUAGCCAACAUUGCUAAUCUCGCUAGCUUGAAUAGUGUGAUUUUUUUACUCGCAGGCUUGUUUGUCAACAUUAGCCAACAACCAUGUUCUCCCUGGCUUGUGUCAGACUGCAGCGCCAGACCACCUUAUCCAUAGCGUGUGGAAGAGAUUGAUUCAUGGAGCGGCAGAACAGAAAACCAAGGCACCCGAACUAGCUGGCACUGGCCGCCCAAUUUACGGGCUUUACUGUUAAAUAUUUACAUCCGAAUUAGCCCAUUUAUGCAUGGAAAUUAAGCGUCUAACUUUAACCAACGACAGAUUGCAUUGAAAUUGAAUAAAUACAGAAGAUAAACACCAGCGUAUACGGAGAUUGAGGCAGGUCCUGCUCGCUACCUUCUCCCCCAGUGGGAUGGUGCUGCAUGACAGGGAGGCCUUGGCGCCAUAGCCCCCUCUCCUGGAUUCCACCCGCCCCACCACCACCCCCCUCAGAGCAGAGGACCACCACAACAGCAGCCACCCCCCCCAUGAGUCACCCUCUGGAGCCCUAGAUCAAGUGUCCUGAAGCUCAGAAUGAGUGCUGUAGGGGAAAGUGCCCCGGAACCUGCCACGCCAGAGUCCCGCAAGAGGAAGGGCUCACCAUGCGACACCUCAGAGCAGAGUGUGGAGAAGCGUCGACGGGAGCUGGAGUGUCGUUACAUAGACGAGCUGGCCGAGCUCCUGUCUGCCAACAUGGGCGACAUGGCCAGCCUCAACGUCCAGCCAGACAAGUGCCACAUCCUCAAGAGCACCGUGGACCAGAUCCAGCAGAUCAAACGGCGCGAGCAGGAGAAAGCGGCUUUGGUGUCACCGGAAGACGAGGUGCAGAAGAGUGACAUCUCGUCCAGUAGUCAGGGCAUGGUGGAGAAAGAGGCUCUGGGGCCGCUGCUGCUCGAGGCUCUGGACGGCUUCUUUUUUGUGGUGAACCGCGAGGGCCGGAUCGUGUUUGUGUCGGAGAAUGUGACGGGUUACCUAGGCUACACCCAGGAAGAGCUGAUUACCUCCAGUGUCUACAGCAUCCUCCAUGUGGGAGACCACGGCGAGUUUGUCCGCAACUUGCUGCCCAAGAGCCUCGUGAACGGGGUGCCGUGGCCCCAGGAGCAGGGUCGGAGGAACAGUAACACAUUUAACUGCCGGAUGCUAAAGAGGCCUCCUGAUGAGGUGGACUCAGAGAACCAGGAGGCACGACAGCAGUACGACACCAUGCAGUGUUUUACUGUCUCCCAGCCCAAAGCCAUGCCGGAGGAGGGAGAUGACCUGCAGAGCUGCCUGAUCUGCAUAGCCUGCCCGAUGCCCCGCCCCCAGCAGCUACCCGCCAUCCGCACUGAGUCCUUUAUCACCAAACAGGACCCCACAGGGAAGAUCAUCUCCAUAGAGACCAGUGCUCUGCGAGCGACGGGGCGACCGGGCUGGGAGGACCUGGUCAGGAAGUGUAUCUACGCCUUCUUCCAGCCGCAAGGCAAAGAACCCUCCCACGCCAAGAAGCUGCUCCACGAGGUGAUGACCCAUGGCACGGCCAUCAGUCCUCUUUACCGGUUCAACCUGAGCGAUGGGACCCCCCUCAGCGCUCAGACCCGCUGCAAGUUCUGCUGCCCCCCUAACCAUGACGUUCAGCCCUUCAUCAUGGGCAUUCACACUAUCGACAGGGAACACAACACUGCUAGCUCUCAGGAAAACACUAACUCCAGCCUUCUACUGACCCAUAGGAGCCCUGCUCCCUCCCACUCCCCUGCCCUCCCCCCGGGCAGCGAGGCCAGCCAAGCCCCAGGCCCCACCUCAGGCCUCCAUCUCAACAACGGCAAAAGCUCCAGCACCACCUCCCCCACCACACCCACCAGCCAUUCAGCAGGGUACAUGACGCCCAACCGGAUGUGUCCUCUGCAGGUCAACAGCCCUUCGCCCCUGGGAAGCCCCCUCACUGCCACCCCUACCUCAUUUAUGUCGCCCAGACCCCCCAGGGCCAGUCCGGGGCUGGGCGGCAGCCCGCGUGUCCCAGGGAACCCCUUCUCCCAUUCCACCCCUGGCCUGCACUCUCUGGCACCGUCCCUGGGAGGUGGAACUGGUGGCGGUGGAAGUGGAAUCCUCAGCCGGCACCACUCUGGUGGGGACGGUGGAGCAGGGACCCCCCUGAGUUUCUCUCUGCCCUCCCCUUUACCUCAGAGGCAGGCCAGCACCCCCACCAGCUCCCCAGCACGCCCUCCCCCCGCCAAGCCCCCCGAGGGAGGAGGAGGAGGAGGUGGGGGCGGAGAGGACCUGGCUAAAGGAAAACUAGGGGGGAACUCCAAACUCAACCAGCCCCUGGACAACGGCGGCGUGGGGGCGCCUAGGGACCCCAAAAACACAUCUACCAAACCCACCUCCACCCCUCAGUGCCCGGCCUCCCACAGCACUCUGACGGAGCGCCACAAGAUCCUCCACCGCCUCCUGCAGGACAGCAGCCCGGCUGAGGGCAGCAACGGCAAGGAGUCUGAGAUCAAGAAGGAGCCUCCUGCCACCGCCAACCCCAACGGACCCCCCAGCACCCCUCAGGACCAUCAGCUGCUGCGCUUCCUCCUGGACACGGAUGAGAAGGACCUGGGCGACCUGCCCCCUCCGGCCGCUCUCAGCCUGCAGACGGUCCGGGUCAAGACUGAGAAGAGGGCCAGCGGGGACACAACUCCCUGUGCUGCAGCCUGCGCCAGCCCCAAGCCCAGACCGAUCCCUGCAGACAGCAGGCCGUCCAGAGACCCGUUCCCCAGUGGAUCUGCUGACCUGGACCCUCUCAGCCAGUUGCUGCCCACCCUCAGGGGCCCUGCAGGGGCCAAGCAGGGCAGCGGGGAGCAGGGUGGUCCCCAGACCCAAGCCCUGUCGUCCCAUAGCCAAACCCAACCUCAACCACGGCUCCAUUCACCUCCACAGCCCCAGACACAGCCUUGGCUCCAAUCACCUCUUCAAACCAAACCUCAGAACCAUCUCCAGCUUCAGUCCCCUACCCAGCUUCAGUCCCCUACCCAGCUUCAGUCCCCUUCACAGCUUCAGUCCCCUACCCAGCUUCAGUCCCCUACCCAGCUUCCGUCACCCACCCAGCUUCCGUCCCCUACCCAGCUUCCGUCCCCUACCCAGCUUCCGUCACCCACCCAGCUUCCGUCCCCUACCCAGCUUCAGUCCCCUACCCAGCUUCAGUCCCCUACCUUACUCCAGCCCAGUGGGGCCAACAUUGUCAAGGCCGUGACCGUGAAGAGGGAGCCACCUGGAAGACCAAGCCGAGGGCUCACUGAUGGCUCCAGCCUGCAGAACCAGUCACACUUUGACUUCUGCAGCCCCAGCCAGAGAUCGGGACAAGGGGAACUCUUCCAGACACCCAAAGGCAGCAGCCCCUUUAAAGAGCCUGGACUAAUGAACUCAUUCAACUCCAACACCGCGUUGUCUAAGAUGGAGACAGACUCUCAGCAGUUCCAGACCCUGGCCCUGACUGAGACUCUGUCCUUUGAUGGAGGCGUGGGAAACCCUGUGCAAGCCUCUCUGGCGUCCCCUCAGGAGCAGUGUGUCCCGUGCCCACUGGAUGAGCUGCUGUGCCCCCCCACCACCCCCGAGGGACGUAACGACGAGAAGGCCCUCCUGGACCAGCUGGUGUCCUUCCUGAGUGGCACAGAUGAGAGCGAGUUGGCUGAACUGGACCGAGCCCUGGGCAUCGACAAGCUGGUGAAGGGCGGCUGCUUCGACCCCGUCCCUCAACGGUUCCCCUCCCAGCCUCCUGCCACCACCCCCAUCUCCAUGGACCCCAAGCUGCCCGGCUACCCCUCUCAGUUCAACCCUGGCCCCCCUGCCCAGUUCCCUCCAGAGAUAGCAGGGGUGCAGAGUAUGGGGGGCUUCGGUGCACCCAGGGGGGCCUUCCCUGGGGGCAUGAUGCUGAGGCCUGGCAUGGGCAGAGCUCCUGGCAUGACCAACCAGCUCCGGCUGCCUCCCAACCAGCUGAGGUUACAGCUGCAACAGAGGCUGCAGGGCCCACAGCAGUCCUGUGACUCACUCCCCCUCGCUCUCUCUCUCUCUCAGCUGCAGAACAGGCUGGCUGCCAUGAGCCCGUUCCCAGGGGAAGCUCACGUUGGCAUGGGGAUGCGUCAGGGAGGGCAGCAGCCUCAGAUGCCCUCUCAGCCUCCUCUGAAUGCCCAGAUGCUGGCCCAGAGACAGCGGGAGCUCUACAGCUUCCAGCACCGCCAGAGACAACUCCUGCAGCAGAAGGUCAUGUUGAUGAGGCAGGGCAUAGGGGGUGGUGGGCCUAUGGGAGCCACCGGGGGACAAAAAGGACCCCAGCCACAGCAACAACAGUUUGGCUACCCUCCAGGCUACAGCCCCAUUCCAGGGAACCCACCCAGCUCCCCCAGCCUAUUCAACCCCAUGGGAGGGACCCAGGACCCUAAGUUGUCGGGCCAGGGCCCUAUGGGCAGCCAGGCAACUAUGAUGGGGGGGAUGCAGGGACAGUUUGGGGGGGCGGUGAACUCGGCGGUGCAGCCUGUGCUCUUCCAGCAGUUUGGAGGACCAGGUAUGGUCCAGCAAGGAGACCCCUCGUUCCCUCCAGAGCUCAGCCCCACCAGUCCCCUGCUGUCCCCUCAGAACUCCACCACCCAGAGUCCUCUGCUCCAGCAGGCCCAGCCUCCUCCUGGGUACCAGUCACCUGACAUGAAGAGUUGGCAGCAAGCUGACAUGGGCGGAAACAGCUUGUUCAGCCAGUCUGGUCAGACGAUGCCCCAGGCCUUUGGGCAACAGGGGGUCUACAACAACAUGAGUAUCACCGUGUCAAUGGCAGGAGGCUCAGGGGCGGUGGGCUCGCUACCUUCCAUUGGACCACCUGUUGGCAUGGGCAACAGUAACCUUGGUGACAUCAACUCCAUGUGUAACGAUCAGGUACAGCAGGUUCAAGUGUUUGCCGACGUCCAGUGUACGGUGAACCUGGUGGGCAGCGACUCCUACCUGAACCAGUCGGGGUCCAUAGGCACCCAGAAGGGCCCCCAGGGGCCUCAGAGCAGCCAGUCCCAGCAGAAGAGCCUCCUCCAGCAGCUCCUCACAGAGUGACUCCUCAGCUCAGCCGCCUGCCAGGAGAGAGGUGCUCCACAGACCACCGACCUCUUCUCUUUCUCACCUUUGGUUUUAGACACCCGCCUGCCGGACUGGUUAGGAGGGCCCUGGGAUGGAGACUGAGGUCCAGGUAAGAGUGUGUCUGACCUGCCAGCCUGCCAGCCAGCCUCAGCCCAUACCGUACCAUAAGGCAGCAGCUAUUGUUCAGCGCUCAUUCCUGGUUACCUACUUUCAACACAAAGUCUGCUUUCUGUUCUGAGAAAGGAAUCAGCUUCCGGUUUUGCCAAGUCGUUGUGGUUGUCAAAAGAGGAUCUGGUUCCUAAUUGCCCGUUCCGUCAGGUCCAUCGCAACAGUGCAUCUUGGGAAUGCGAUCAAAAUGCAGCUGAGCUCAGCUGUGGGUGGUUAACCCGUCGUCUCAACUUUUGCUCUAGCGUGGGGUGGCGUUGUGGGGACAACGUUUUGGGAAUGUUAGGUUUUUAACCUCUGCAGUGGGAAGCUCAGUUUCAGCUGGAUCUGUGACUGACUAGCUCUCUCCAUUGCAGUGCCUGAUGGGAGGAAAUUCCCAGCUCUCGUUUUUUGUUUUUGUUUCUCUGUUCUCGUCGUCUGCGUCGUCAGGACAACAAGCAGCCGGGAUGUGAUGGGAUGGGAGAUUGCGCUGCUCUGCUCAGUUGGCAACACCAUCUUUCACAUUUUCAAACCACCAGACUGUCAAAGUAACUGUCUGUCUUACACAUUUUUCUCCCCAGCAGCUGUGAAUAUGAGCCAUGUUGGGCUCUCCUUGGCCUAUCAGUAUUGUUUGUCAUGUGUAACCGUGCAGGUGGGUAGUAAUUGUACAGCACAGAUGGACAAAAAAUUGGGAUGAGUUCACACUUUCUACUUUCCUUUCAAAAGCGUCAUUUAAUUACUCUACAAUGCAACUGUCGUUUUUAGCUCAAACUAUACAUUGUGAUUCAAUGCGGUUUUCUUCCGUUUUUUUUAUUUGAGAGUAACAUGUCAGUUAUUAUAAUUUUUUAAGGCGAUAUUUGGCAUUAUGAAAAUGUAACUGCUAAAUGUGCUCUGUGUUCUGUAAUGUGAAAAAAGAAAAUCUCGGUAUAAGAAUUUGAUUGAUUUUAGAAAUGGCUAGCUCUGCUCUUUUGGCGUCCCUUUGAAUGUUUUAAAUCCCCUAAAAUGUACCUCAAAACGAACAAGAAUGAGUUCUCAAUAUUACACAAUGACAUGAACAGGUUGUAACUCGUAACUCGUUGUAACCGUAGAACUUCCUCACUCAGAAGUGAUAGAAGUUGAAUGGGGUGUUUUCUUGGAAACACUGUGCUCUCUCUCCUCCAACUCUCUGCCCGUGAUGAUGUCAUUCCACUGGCCACACACUACAGCUCUUUUUGACUGCUCAUGUGACUACUGUUGCCCAGUCAGACACUGUCUAUCAGCGCUAACCUCUGAUAUUUUACUAUACACAUUCAGUCACAUAGAAAGUCUGGCCAAAAAAACACCAUGUUUUAUUUAUGUGGGUAAACAAUAACCUAUUAACAAGCAAUAAACCCGAAAAUGACGAGAAAGCAACAACAGAAAGAGCAAAGUUUGGCGACGUAAUGAUAAUGAAAAAUCAAGUCUAAUUUGGCUUUUGGCUUCUCUGCUCUAUCCCGGGUAUGUGUAUUUCUCUGCUCUAUCCCGGGUAUGUGUAUUUCUCUGCUCUAUCCCGGGUAUGUGUAUUUCUCUGCUCUAUCCCGGGUAUGUGUAUUUCUCUGCUCUAUCCCGGGUAUGUGUAUUUCUCUGCUCUAACCCGGGUAUGUGUAUUUCUCUGCUCUAACCCGGGUAUGUGUAUUUCUCUGCUCUAUCCCGGGUAUGUGUAUUUCUCUGCUCUAUCCCGGGUAUGUGUAUUUCUCUGCUCUAUCCCGGGUAUGUGUAUUUCUCUGCUCUAACCCGGGUAUGUGUAUUUCUCUGCUCUAUCCCGGGUAUGUGUAUUUCUCUGCUCUAUCUCGGGUAUGUGUAUUUCUCUGCUCUAUCCCGGGUAUGUGUAUUUCUGACUAACAGAAGGCUUUCUUAAGGGUGUUAUGGUCCAACGAGAUAUCUGACUGUGUAUAUACAAGGUAUUUUACAAAGUGUGCAACAUUACCCGAGCACCGCUAAUAACCGAGGAGGGUUAGGGAUGAUCAGUUGAAAUAGCAUGCAUGAUCACCAUCCUCCUCCGGAGACCUCAAAUUGAAUGCCAACUACUUUAAUGUGCUAUGAUUUCUGAAUCACGUUGUGUACUGUUUCAAUGGCGUUUGUGUGCCUGUGCUUUAUACCCAAACAGUGGCUCAGGUGUCCUCAGCAUACAACUCAAAUUCAACCUGAAAAUUGCAUAAUUUCGUGUGGUGUUGAUUCAAGUUGACAUGAAAAUCUGGUAGCAGUUCCACUUCGGAAACUCAUUUGUGAAACUGAUACACUGUGAUUGGACAUACCACUUGUUCCUGUCAUUCUAAGACACUUAAAAUGUUGCUUUGCUUUUAGCCUAUUGCAUUUAAUUAAAAAUAUAUAUAUAUACAAUUAAUAGAUGAGAUAUUUAAGUGUAUCUUCUGAUAAGGUAAAUGUUUUAUUUUCUAUUUGAAAGGGAUGUGGGUUAACAAUUAGUACUUAUCAAUGUUAAAGCCAUUCCUGAGCCACUGUUUGGUUGAUGUAAAUAAACAUACACUUUACAAAACACACGGAAGCAAGACAAAAUUAACAGAAUGUAUGUGGAAGGAUUUAAUUUGUUUUCAGUACACAUUUGUACUAUAUAGGGUACCAGCUAACGGUUUCAUACUCCCAGAAGUGUUACAAAGGAUAACUUUUCAUGGAUAUCUUCUUCACAUACUCUCCAGCCUUCGCUCCUCAUUUAGGAACAGGCAUCACUGUCUAGAAAGUGUGAGUAGAACUACGUCAAAUGCAGAAGUUCAUCUGAUCUGUUAAUAUGAACUGUUUAGCAUUUGGGAUAUAAUAUGCCAAAUUCAAAGCACCAUUCGACAACGGUCAUUAACUAUCAGACAUUCGUAUAUGCAAGAGCCGCUCAGUGGCAAAGACAGUCCAUUCAGUACAGGUACAAGGUAAAUAUUUGAACUGGUUCUUCAACAUGUAUAUAACAGACAAUGUGAAUAUGUAUUUGUUCAGAAUCGACAAAAUGUAGUGCUCCAAGUUUGUGGUAUUAACUACUCGCUUCCAUUUUAUUAUUAUUUUUAUUAUUAUUUUUUUACGUAUAUGACUGUCUGAGUGUGUGUAUGUAUGUGAUUAAUACUGUAUAUCUGGUGUUUAAGAUGGAAACUGAAUAUGUCCUGAUUUUGAUUUCUUCUUCUUUUUACAUACCUGCAAGUUUUCCUGUGGGUGAUGUUCUGAUUGCUCUUUAUGUGAGAGAAUGGGUUAGCGACUGCUGAAUGUGAUUUUACUGAGAGAGAAGCAGUGUGGACUGGCUUUUGUACGGGUUAAUUUAAAAACAAACAAAAACACACACAAAAAAAGGCCAUAUUAUUUAAUUCCUCUGUUGUUAAAACGUUUAAACAGAUCUGAGAAAGUGGAACCUUGUAUUCUGAGAAGCAUCGCUUCGGUAGUUAAGUGGGCUUUUGUAGAUCGCCUGAUAUACUUUUAGCGUUUUCAAAAAGUAAUGACCAAAGCUUUAAGAUGUUUAAUUCAUAUCAUAUGCAAGCCUCAUGCAAUUGGACGAGACAAAAUGUAGCGUUUGUUCACUUUUCUAAAAGGAAAUAGUCUAUACAUACUAGCUCCUCCUUGACCACACUACUAAUUUGUGGUAGUUUGUGCUUUGCGUGUUUGUCCUUUAUUUCCUUUUCCACACAAUUUGUCCUAAGACACUGACAAGUGACCUAUCAGAUUUAGUAUUUUUAUCUAACUUCUAUUCUUUGGAAUAUCCCAAAGUUUGAUCAGUUAGAAACUUCCUCUCCUUGUUGCCGUUGACUCCUGGCAAAGACGCAAAAAGACUUGUAGGGCCUGACAUGCUGUCACUGUUUACAGGAAGAGAGAAACUUGCAACAGCUAGCUAUGCACCUUAACAAAAAGCUUUUUUUAACACUGAUUUAGGUAUUCAAAGCAAACUAGAAUUUGAAUCAAUGAUUUAAAUCAAGGUAUUUUAGUUUAUUGAAAGAAGAAGAAGUGAAACCUAGUGAACCAAUUAUUAUUUAAUUUUUUACUCAACUAGCAUUGGUGAUAGUUGUCUGAACUUGUGGGUCUGCUCUAUCAACUGAAUCUCACAGAUUAAGAUUACUCAAUCAAAUAUUUCGAUUUAUUUAGCUGAAUACUUUAUACCAAAAAUGAGGUGCUUCUUGUAUAUACAGUAUUUUCUGCAUAGAGGACUGCUCCUCGCUGUUUGAUGAUAAUGUUAAUAAGGAUUUUCUUAUCUUUACCUUUAUAAAACAAGUUUGCUGCAUUUUACAUUACUUUUGUACAAGAAAUCUAAAUAUUCCAGGAAUUUGCAAGAAAUACAAUCUACUUUUGCACUUUAUCUCAGAAUUAUUUAGAGGAAACAGGCCAUCAUAAAUACUACUCAUGUUCACAUUAGAUUACUAUUUAAUCAUCAUAAAUCCCCUAAAUCACAGGAGGUUGGUGGCACCUUCAUUGGGGAGGACGGGCUCGUGGUAAUGGCCAAAGCGGAAUAGGUGUAAUGGUAUAAAUACAUUGAACACGUGGUUUUCAUAUGUUUGAAGCCAUUCCUUUUGCUCUGUUCCAGACAUUAUUAUGAGCUGUCCUCCCCUCAGCAGCCUCCUGUGCCCUAAAUAUAAUAGAAAGUAAAAUAUAGAUUUCUCAGGUUCUUAAGAACUUGGUUGCAGAGCCCAUCAAUAUGAUUACAAAAGAGAAGUGUACCUUCUACUCUUAGUAGUUUCACAUAUGAUCCUUCUCUCUGCCACAGAGCCGCAAUCUAAACUAUGCCUUUCUUCUUCAGGUAAUCCACUGCCCCUUUCCCCUUGGCCAUUAGUUAACUAACGCGCUUACACUCAUACGUCCUGUCCUGUGUCACCAAUGUGAAAUGGCUAGCUAGUUGGCGGUGGUGCGCGCUAAUAGCGUUUCAAUCGGGUGACGUCACUCGCUCUGAGACCUUGAAGUAGUGUGGUUGGGCGCGAUGGGUAACGAUACUUCGAGGGUGACUGUUGUCUGUGUGCAGAAGGUCCCUGGUUCGAGGCCAGGGGCGAGGAGAGGGACGGAAGCUAUACUGCUACAGCAGCUUUAACUGUUCAAAACAUUCCUCCUCAACUCUGCUCUUAGCUACCAGCAAUCAUUGUGCUCUGGUCUAUACUGUAGCAUUUUACAUUUUAGUCAUUUAGCAUAUGCUCUUAUCCAGAGUGACUUACAGUAAGUAGUGAGUUAAUACAUUUUCCUGUACUGGUCUCCUGUGGGAAUCGAACCCCGUUGCAGGCGCCAUGCUCUACCAACUGAGCCCCAAAGGACCAGCAGCAAGUCUAUUCUAUAUAUUUCUAAGCUUAGUAAUUCCUACCAAGCAGUAACAGCCCUACAUACGUGUACUGCUGUCCCCUGCGUCUGUUAUUUUGUCAUUGUCACCGCCUUGUAACAUACUGCCUAAUGCAGAAGCAACUACCAUCCUUGUUAAGAUUAAUGCACUCUACCUUCUACAGGUAUUACUUCUCAACUGUUCUGAGUAUUGGAGCAACUGUUUGCUGAUGAUGUUUGUCAAGUAUUGUAAGUGCUGCAUAAUCCAGACUGAAGUUGGUUGUGGAUGGAGAAAUCAAAAGCUUGUCUCGCCACUUAUAAGGCCAAUGCUUUCUCAUUGAAACGAGGUUCCACUUUUCCCCCUGUAAAAUUAAUAUAAAUAAAUAUAAAUAUAUAUAUUAUACAUUUUACUCAUUUUGUCCAGUUUUGUUUAUUAUACUUGUGUAAACUUGUUUUUAGACAGGCAUCAGAGCAGCUGUGUGGGUGGGACAAUAUGAAUGAAGUAUCUGGGAGAAUUAUGCAUGUUUUUAUUUCUGUGUCCAGGUGGAAUACCUGGAAUAAAUCCUACCUUUUCUUAGGACGUCGUAGACAAUCAGUCUCAGGCUGGGUCCAGUACCUACAGGGGGUCCCCCCUGUAGACUGAAAAGCAACGUUUUUGCAUCUAUUGAAACAGUCUUAUUUGUCUGUCAAUUUUUUGGGAGGUAUCUGGCUGCUCAGACUGGGAUUAGUUCAAAGUUUACACACACACACAACACACACACCUCGUGCGUUCGGUCCCUCUAUUGCUUUUCCAAGGUGAAGAUGCAGACCUUGAAGGAAAUGAUGCUUUGACUAACAAAUCUAUAACAUCCAUGAAUGUGAGAAUGCAACACAUUUGCAAUAAAAACACCAAUUAAAACGGGAUAUGUAAUGUUG